AUGAAAAAAGGAUUUAAUGAUGGAUGUAGGCCUAUGAUAGGUCUUGAUGCUUGCUUCUUAAAGGGGGUUUACAAGGGGCAGUUAAUGGAAGCUAUUGGAAGGGAUGCCAAUAAUAACAUGUAUCAAAUUUCUAUAACGGUGGAAGAGGCAGAGACCAAGGAUAGCUGGACUUGGUUUCUGAAGGCAUUAUUGGCAGACCUUGGCCGUAGUCCGCAUGGAUGGACCUUCAUUUCAGAUAGACAGACAGAUGUGUGUCCUAAUGCUGAGCAUCGUAUUUGUGUGUGGCACUUGUAUGCCAAUUUCAGAAUCGAUGGUCAUCCGGGGGUGCUACUGAAGGACAUGCUGUGGAGAGCUGCUUCAGCAUACACACAGAUUGAAUUCUAUGAUGUAAUGGAGGACAUUAAGGGCAUUAAUGUCAAAACACACGAGUACCUUGCAAACGUUGACCCUAGAACUUGGUGUAGGGGAUGGUUCAACACACAUGCAAAGUGUGACCUCCUACAUAACAAUUUGUCUGAAUGCUUCAAUUCAUGGAUCGCCAAGUUCAGGGACAAGACCAUCUUGAUAAUGUUGGAAGGAAUUAGGGGCAGUUUAAUGAGAAGGUACUGCAAGGGUAGAAGGUUUGUGGUCAAUUUACCGUCGAAGACAUGUUGGUGUAGAAAGUGGGAUGUAACUAGUAUCCCAUGUGGGCAUGCCAUCUCAUCAUUAUGGCUUGGUGGAGGCAACCCAAAGGACUACUUGAGUCCAUACUUUCGCAAGGAGAUGUACUUAAAGGCGUACACACCCAUCAUUUAUCUUGUACCAAGUGAAGAACAAUGGGUGAGGAUAGAUCAACCCCAAAUUGAACCACCUAAGUCAAGGACAACCAUAGGGAGACCAAAAAAAGUGAGGAAUAGAGGACAAGAGGAGACAUCAAAUCCAUACACAGUGAGAAGGGGUGUGAACAAGAAUCAAUGUGGGAAGUGCAAGAAAUAUGGUCACAAUACACGAACAUGCACUUUGAGGAAGAGGCAUGAUGAAAUACGAAAACGUAGAAGAUCUUUCUACAGAGAACAUGCAGGAAAUACUGACUGCAAUCUUGAUAGGUUGGAUGGCUCCUCCAGUGCCUCACAUGUGGUUUAUUCUACUGACCAACCUCCAGUGCCCCACUUGUGUAUCAUCCCACUGCACCAAUACAGAGUGCCCCAUCUUUGGAUAUUUGUGUAUGGAAAAGUAAUUGUGCAUUUGUAG